AGCAGCCGAAGGUGAAAGUGCGCUGAGAAAAAGAAAGCCCCAAAAAUAAACGUCAAACUUGCGCUGUGUGAGCUCUCAUCCUGUCCUGCUAGUGCUGUGCUGUGCGGAUGGAAAAGUGAAAAGUUUUUCACGCAAAAAGUUGCAGUAACAGUGAAUUAUUGGUGAAUUUUCGGUGGAAAUAUCGAUCACGGGCAGCAGUGGGUAGAAAAGUCGAGGUAUUCAACGGUGCGGCGCUUGGAUACGCGUGCAAAAGAUGGAUUCUCUCGGGUCGGAAAUCGGCCAGAAGAUGAGGAGCGCCGUGAAGGCGAAACUCAUCGAGCUGGGGACCGGAACGGCGACGGGCUAUAUUGACGACGAGCUGCCGGAUUACGUGAUGAUUAUGGUGGCAAACAAGCGCUCACGGCAGCAAAUGGUGGACGAUUUGACGUUGUUUCUGGGCACCCAGACGGAAGUGUUUGUCAACUGGUUGCACCAGGUGCUGCAGAAGCUAGAGGAGGUGACACUUCCGGCGACGUCGUCGGCGGCGGCAGCUGCUUCCGGAGGUGACAAGGCGACGAAAGCUGGAAAGGAAGCGCCCGGGAAGCGAAAGACUUCCGAGAAGUCUGAUAAAAAGGACAAGAAGAAGGAUAAGAAAGCCAAGAAGAGGGACAAAACACCGGAAGCGAAAGAUAAAGCUGGGGAGGAAGAUCACACGCCUCCACAUCCGUCGCAGCUGACCGGUGGAGUCAGUUCGAUUCAGGACGUGUUCGCGAAUCAGUUUAUUCAGCAUGCGAAGAAAACGAUGGACGUGGAGGGGAAUGUGGCCAAGAAGGAUCCUAGGGAGUCGACACCACCCAUGAGGGACAAUUCGAGUUCCCGGACCGGAAAUGAGUUUGACAUACCGACCAUAUCGGAAAUUGCCGGGCAGAGUGCGCUGUCCAAGCAUCAGAAGGAACUAUCUGAGUUGGAAGAAAUACAGCAGAAGAUUAAGCUAGCUAAGAAGCAGCUGAGGUCGAUGGGUUCCGAUGAGUCGGAGGAUGAGGAUUUUUUGAACAUCAAAGCGAAUGAUGAAGAUUUGGAGAACAUCGAGGAUGGAGGUUUGGCUGCAGCGGCCAAAAGGAAGGAAAGGCGGAAAAUAUCCGUUGAGCAGGAAACGGCUCGAGAAGAGCAAGAGGAGCGAAGCAAUACUCCUCCGCCACCGCCCGUAUCCGCUACAACUCCGCCGAAAAAGAAGUCUAUUAUGGAACGGUUGGGGACCCGUCCGGAGCCCGCUAAACCAACGCCAGCAGAAUCGGCUACCAAGGAGCCAACAACGGCCACGAACAAAUCCAACAUAAUAAGUCUCUCGGCGCACCGAAGGGAAGAACGAGAGCUGUAUGUUCCGGUGUUCCGCCGGAAAGAAAUGGAAGAGCAAGCCAAAGCCCGGGAAGCACGAGCUAGGCUCCACAGAAGCCGCAGCCGAGAGAGGGAUCGACGGCGUUCGCCUCCGGGUCGUUCCGGUCGGAAGGAUAACAGCCGCAGCAGCCGGGAUCGAUCCCGAAGCAGGCGGGAGCGGGAGCGAGAAAGAGAAAGGAUUCGCGACCGGUCCAGAAGUCGCGAUCGAGGACGCGAAAGGGAACGGGAACGGGACCGGGAUCGCUCCUCCGGACGGAUUAACAAUGGAACGGAUGUACGGGCUCGAAUCGGCUCCCGGGUUAUUGUGCUUCCUCCCAAGCCGGAAUACAACGAGGAAGAUGAAGUGGAAGUUCCCAUCCCCAGUGUGGUCAAAAUCCAACCACGCCCGCAGGUUCCGAAAAGUAAACAACCCAGCAAAAAUCUCCUCCUGAAGGCUAUGGCCGAGGCCCAGCGGUCCACGGCGGCCAAUCUCAAGAAAACUAUAAACAAUCGUGAAGAGAGUUCUUCCCGACAUCAUCGGAUGCUUAUUGAAAUCCCCGGUGCGACCAAAUCCGAGGGAACUCCCCCGGUGGACGUCCGUUACGAAUACGAAGAAGAGGACGAUGACGAGGACAUAGUGGAGCACGUCCUUCGGGAUGACGACGUGGACGCCGAGCUGGAAGAAAUCCUCAACGCCAACGACGAAUACAUCCCGGAACCGGUCACGGUGACCGCUGCCGUCGUCCGUCGAUCCGAAUCCGACAGUGACGGGUACGUGUACGUUCCCGCGAAGAAACCUGCCGAUGGCGGCGCCCUAUCGGAUGAAUACGAAACAAAAGACCCAACCAAGAAGCCCAAGUUUGUGGUCACUCUGGACGGCGCCUAUCGGAAGUCCUCGCGUACUUCUCCCAGUCACACUCCACCUCCGCCCUCCAGCAAAUCCAAGCCCUCCAUCAAAGAUCGAAUCGGUCAAAAGGUACCGAAAACCGAACCCGGCACCGUUACGCCGCCUCCUCAACGGAACCGCGAAGCGAGCGUCGACCGUGCCGCCCAUCAGGAAGCGCUCAAACGUCGAAAGGAGCGCUUCAGCAUCAAAACCCCUUCCAAGGACACCUCCAAAUCCCCGGACAAACGCUCCAAGUCGUCGUCGUCCAAGAAGUCUCCCUCCAAACGCGAGAAGCGAUCCUCUCACCACCACUCCAACAACCGGAAGUCUUCCCCGACGACGAGCGAUUUGAACGAACUGCUUCUCCAGCGGACCAAGGAACUUCUGGUGGACGACAGCGUGUCCUCUUCCCCCAUCUACAUGUCCAAAUCCGACUACGAAAAGAUCGAACCCAAUUCAUCCUCCCGGAAGCGGAAGCGCGUGUCACCGAUUCAGUUCGCCCUGACGGAUGACGAUGAGGAUGGCGAAGAUACCGAUGGGGAGUACAACCACCACAGGGAUCGGGACCACCGGGAGCGCAAAUCGAUUGAAAGGGUUCUCCCGAGUGGUGGAGGUGGCGGCUUGGGAGAAGAGGACGUCCGAAAGGAUCGCGGUCGGGAUCGGGACGCUGAGCGACGAACGGUGGACGAUGACCGGCGAAAAAAUUUGAGCAGCACUUCCGGCAACGGGGACAGCAAGUCGCCGUCGAAGAGGAUAAAGAGGCUCGAAUCCAGUCGGAAGUUUGACGAUAUACCGCAAUUGCUCAGUUCGGUGGCGGUUCCUUCGGAGGGCCUGCUCUCCAAGAGCAAAGCUAUCAUCAAGGAACGGUGCAAGUACUUCCCACUGUGCCGGCAAGGGGAUUCCUGCGAGUUCUUGCACCCCAGUACCAACUGUAAGGCCUUUCCGGCGUGCAAGUUCGGGGACAAGUGCCUCUAUAUGCAUCCGAUGUGCAAGUACGACAAAACGUGCCACCGGCUGGACUGCAACUACAUGCACACGAAACCGCUGUCGGCGCAUGUGUCGACGGCACCACCAUUGGCCUCGUCGGUGGUGCCGGUCCAGAACUACAAAACCAUUACGGCCAAACCGUUGCCGCAGCCGUGCCGAUUCUAUCCGGGUUGCUCCAACGGUGACCUGUGCCCGUACUACCAUCCGAAGUUGUGCCGCUUCGGCAGGCACUGCAUGAACAAGGUCGAGUGCAACUUCUACCAUUACGAUCUGCCCGGAGGCGGGGCCCCACUCGACCACCACGAGGCACCGCCCAAGGACAAGUUCAAAUGGGUAUCGCCCUUCUCGGCUUAGCAGCGUUUGCAUCCUUAUCCGUAAGAUGUGAGGUUGAUUGUUUCCGUUUUUUUUCACCUAUAAUAAUAGUAGCUCUGCUCUAUUCGGAUAAAACCUGUUUUUUACGGCACGUCGAAUUUUCUCACUUGCUUUUCUUCUUUUGGUUUCUCUAAAGCAAUUUGACGUGUGCUCUUUGUUGUUUUACUAGUUUUAGGAUACAAUAUUAUGGAUAUAUUUAUUCUUAAUUAGAAUCGAAUUGGGAUUCUGCAGCAAAGAGAAAAAGAGCUGCAGAAUCGGAGCAAUAGGUUUCUCGAUGGAGAGAAACAAACUUGGAAAAGUUUAAAACAACAACCUUGGUAGAACUAACUUAUUUAGAUCACUGUUUACGCAAAUAAACAUUAUGUUACAAAACAUACAAGACAAUGUGGAAAAGAGGAAGAAACAUUUGUACAUAAGAACAGCUGAAGCAUUAGCAUCUGCAUGAGAAAACGCAAACAUAUAGAACGGGACAGCUUGUAUUCGUAUCAAUGACAGUGACAAGGCUCUAAAUACAGCCGUAUAGCAUCAUCAUUAAGACACUACAGGUAGCAAAGCUUGUAAAACAUUUAUGAUUGGGGACGUUAAGCUACUCCAUUACAUGCACCCAACGAGGGCUAGAGAGUUUUAUGAAGUGGUCACAAUUUCGAACAAAAAAUCAUCAGCAAAUAUAAUCGAUUCAGUUAGUUGAGAUAUAGAA